AUGUCGUCCGCCAUGAUGACGAUAUCCGACCCGGCCGCCGCCGCCGCCAAGCCAGCCACCACGGCUGCCGACCCGACAAACGAAGUCAGCCACCCACAGCACCUCGAUUCCGUCGCCACGAUACAGGCCGGGCAAUCACAACAGCACAGGCCAGACGCCCCACAAGGAUCCUCUGAUGCCGCCCCCCUCGAUGCUCCCUCUCACUCGCCAGAAACGACGUCCUCGGCGGCCCACCACGAUGCCAAGCAGCCGAUCUCGACCAUGAUCCGGGCGACUACCACCUCCCGCACCGUCCAUGUCGCCCCAUUGCGCAGCCACAGCUCCCGGCUGCCCGACUUUCUCUACCUCCUCUCCUUUUGCCCGCCUCUCCCAUCGCCCAUCAGCCAGCCUCGAGCCUUCUGCGCCCACCCGGGCGUGCUCUACUUUGUCGGCCUCCUCUCGGCCCUCAUCGCCGGUCUCGGCAUGCCCAGCCUCGACCUGCUCUACGGCAUCUACACGAACCGCAUCACCCCUGCCGACGCCACGUCCCAGGACAUUGUCGACGGCGGCAGCUUUGUCGGCUGGGUCAUCACCGUCUGCGGUAUUGGCGAGCUCAUCUUUGCAUGGCUCUUUCUCGCCUGCUUCAGCUCAGCGUCCCACAGCCUCACCCAGCGGCUCCGCCACGCCUACGUCGCCUCCGUCCUCUCCCAGGAUGCCUCGCACUUUGACCUCCAUGGCGCCGGCGAGAUCGCCAACCGGGCCGGAAAGGACAUCAGCUCUGUCCGCACCGGCUUCGGCGAGAAGCUCGGCUUCGCCACCUGGUCCCUCGCCACCCUGUUUGCCUCGGUCAUCAUCGGCUUCGUCAAGGCGCCCCGCAUCGCUGGCGUCCUCCUGGCGCUGCUGCCCCUCACCAUGAUCAUCUUUACGGUGCUCGCCAAGGCCACCGAACGCGUCGGGGCGCCCGCCCUGCGCAUCGAGGGCCGCGCCUCGACCUUCCUCGAGCAGGUGCUGGGCUCGGUCCGCGUCGUCCAGUCCUUUGGCAUGGAGUCGGCGCUCAUCGCCCGCUUCGAGUCAGCCAUGCUCGCGCCGCUCGAGAAGCUGGGCAUGCGCAAGGCCGGCAUCCGCGGCAUCGAGAUGGGCGCCGUCUACACCAUGCUCAACCUCACCUACUCGCUCGCCUUCUGGUGGGGCUCGAUCAACCUCGCACAGGACAAGGUGUCGCUCGGCAACCUCCUCACCGCCUUCUGGAACUAUCUCAACUCGCUCUUUGCCCUUUCCAACAUGGUGCCGCACAUUGCCGCCAUAUUCGACAGCUGGACCGCCAUCAAGCAGGUCCGCCUCGCCAUCGAGCGCGUGCCCAAGAUCGACAUCCGCGACCAAGGCGGGCUCCAGCUGCCCGCCGACAACUCUUGGCAGCCCAGCUUCGAGAUCCGGGGCGUCACCUUCGCCUACCCGUCUCGCCCCAACGUCGCCAGUCUGCGCGACGUCUCCCUCGUCUUCGAGGCCGGCAAGGUGACGGCCUUGGUCGGGCCUUCGGGAUCCGGCAAGUCGACCAUCACCGGCCUGCUGCUGCGCGAAUACGACCCCGAGACGGCCAACGUGCCGCACCCAGACGACGAGAAGGUGGCCGCCGAGGAGAAGAAGGACCAGGAGGCCCAGGACAAGGCCGAAGCCAAGAUGAAGAGGAAGCAGGCGCAGCGGGACGGGAUCGCAAAGGUCGUCGCUGCCAAGGACCUCGAUGCCGAGGAAAAGGGCGUCGAAGCGGACAAGGCCGAAGCUCACGCUGCCAUGAUCCAGGGGGCCGGAGAGGUGCUUUUUGCAGGCAGGGACAUCCGCGACUACAACCUGGCCUGGCUCAGGUCGCAGGUGGCCAUCGUCCAGCAGCACCCGCAGCUGUUCACGGCGAGCAUCUUUGAAAACGUCGCCGCCGGCCUGACAGGCACCGAAUGGGCCUACUCUCCGGACGUCGAUGGCGAUCCCCAUGCCCCGGAGCACAUCAAGUCGCGCACGGCCCUGAUCAGGGCCAAGGUGCAGGACGCUCUCGAAAAGGCGCAGGCCUGGGGCUUUGUCCAGAAGCUGCCCGAGGGCAUGGACACCGUCGUCUCCGGCGGACGCACCGGUCUCCUCAGCGGAGGGCAGCGACAGCGCGUCGCCAUCGCACGCGCCCUCGUCCGACAGCCGCGUGUGCUGUGCCUCGACGAAGGCACCUCGGCCCUCGACUCGGACACCGAGGCCAGGAUCAAGGUGGCGCUGCAGCGGGAGCAGGACGAGCGCGGCAUGACCACGAUCCUCAUCGCUCACCGCCUCAGCACGAUCGAGCACGCCGACCUCAUCGUCACAAUGAAAAAGGGCCAGGUUGUCGAACAGGGCACCCACGACCAGCUCAUGAACGUCGGCAAGGGCCGGCCCUGCCUCUACCGCGACAUGGUGAUGCAGCAGAAGCACUUCGCCGAGUACGAGGGCGACGGCAGCGAUGACGACGACGGCGAUGAUUUCAAGAAGUCUGGCCUGGGGCAAGCCUCCAAGAACGAUGCGUCGACGCCCUCUGCAUUGUCCUCUCCGUUUGCGACGUCCAGCUCGGCCGCAUCGAGCCCCAAAGCUAUCGAGGAUACCCAGGGACCGGGCCGCGAGUACACGUCCGAUGCCUCGACGACUCAGGUCGGCGGUGCCUGGACCGACGGCACGCCGUCCGUCAGCGCCCCGCAGCGGCCCUUGGACCCACCGCAACCCUCACGGCCGACGGGGCCCAUGAGGCAGAGGACCAGCCGAGCCUCGGAGCACCAUUGGCAGGUCCCUGGUCGGACAACCGGCCACACUGUCGGGCAGCUCGAGCACUCGGCCGAUGCGCCGGCGGCUUCCGAAGAGAUCCCGCCCGCCGCCGCCAUGCUGCUCGACAAGGAGGCUGGCCUGGACGGAUCCGACUCUGCGGGAAAGGGUUCGCCGCCUUCGGUCGAUGGCAGUGGAAGCGUCGAUGGCGCCAGGGCCAAGGAAGUCCAACGAUCCCAGACCCGCAAGGCCCGCUCGGCCUUCUUCCGCUACGUCUGGUCGCAGCGCGUCUUCUUCGCCAUCGGCAUCCUUGGAGCCAUCGCGACGGGUGGCAGCUUCCCCGUCGCCGGCUGGCUGACCGGAAAGGCCGUCAACUCGCUCUCGAUCCAGGGCGACGACGCCCGCCUGCGGCGCGAGGCCAACUACUGGGCGCAAUGGUUCCUCGUCCUCGCCAUGGCCGACCUGGUCAUUGUGCUCGUCAACAGCUUCUUCCUCGAGGUCGCCUCGGAGCACGUCAUCCGCAAGCUCAAGAGGGACGGCCUGGCUGCCCUGAUCCGCCAAGAGAUUGGCUUCUUCGACUCCGAGGACCACGCCAGCGGUACCAUGAGCUCUGCCGUAUCGAGCCAUCCCGCCAACGUCGGCGCGGCCACGGGCCUCAUCUUCAGCCAGGUCAUCAUCAGCACCGCCAACCUGAUCGGAUCCAUCGUAAUGGGCCUCGCUCUAUCCUGGAAGGCCGCGCUGGUCUGCCUCGCUCCGAUCGUCGUCCUCUUUGUCUCUGGCUACCUCAAUAUCGUCAUGCUGGAACGCUACGAGGCGACCAGCCAGAAGUCGGUCGACAAGGCCGCCUCGUACAUUGCCGAAAACGUCGACGCCAUAAAGACGGUCGCCGCCCUCGGGCGCGAGGGCGAGACAAUGCGCGUGUUCGACGAGCGCGCCAAGGCCGACCCGCGCCGCACGCGGUACCUCAUCUUUGGUGCAGGCGGCUUUGCCGUCUCGCAGGCCAUGGUGCUCCUCCUCUCGGCCCUCAUCUUUUGGUGGGGCGCUGUGCUGCUGAGCAAGUCGGACCUCGGCCUCACCGAGCUCUACGCCGUCUUCGAGGCCGUCAUUAUCGCCGCAUUUUCGGCAGGCAGGCUGUUCACCUUUGUGCCCGACUACGGCAGGGCCAAGAACUCGUUCCGCACCAUUCACGGCUGGCUCAGCCGCAAGCCGAGGGUGGCCACCCUGCAGCCUGUCGGAGGGGCUGCUGUCGACCGCGACGUGGCAGCUCGCGCCGCCGAGGGCGACAUCCUGCUGACCGACAUCGAGCUCCGCUACCCGCAGCGGCCGCACCACCCGGCGCUCAAGCACCUCAGCCUGCGCAUCAAGGCCGGCCAGAGCGUCGCCUUCUGCGGCACCUCUGGCUCGGGCAAGAGCAGUCUGCUCUCGCUGCUGCAGCGCUUCUAUGACCCGUCGCGUGGCACCAUCACGUUUGGCGGCACCGACGUCCGGUCCAUACCGCUCGACGACCUGCGCUCGCAGAUGGCCUACGUCUCGCAGGAUCCGAUCCUGUACGAGGGCAGCAUCCGGUGGAACCUGUGCCUGGGCUCGUUGGACCCGCAGAGCGUCACCCAGGCGCAGCUCGAGGACGCGUGCCAAAAAGCGUGCAUCCUCGACUUUAUCCUGGGCCUUCCGGGCGGCUUCGAUGCCGAGGUGGGCUUCAAGGGUUCGCAGCUCUCGGGCGGACAGAAGCAGCGGCUGUGCAUCGCGCGCGCGCUGCUGCGCAACCCCAAGAUCCUGCUGCUCGACGAGGCCACGUCGGCGCUCGACGCCGAGGCCGAGGGCGCCGUGCAGAGCGCCCUCGACAAUGCGGCCAAGGGCAGGACCACCAUCACCGUCGCGCACCGCCUCAGCUCGCUGCGCAAGUGCGACUGGAUCUUUGUCGUCGAAGAUGGAAAGAUUCGCGAGCAGGGCAACCACCAUGACCUCUUGGCCCGCGGCGGGCGGUACAAGGAGCUGAUGGAGGCCCAGCUGUAG